AUGGGUGUGGGAAUCCUAUCGAUGCCAUACGCCAUACGGAAUGGAGGACUUGUUUUUGGAGUUAUUGGAACGUUUCUUCUAAGAUUAUUCUAUUCACAUUGUGUGCGUCUACUGGUUGGCACCGUAUAUAAAAUUUGCCAAAGAGAUCGUGUCCCUAUGUUGACAUAUGCUCAAACUGUUGAUCGUGCGUUUGCUCUUGGUCCACUCAGGACAAGGCCGUUAGGCAAAAUAUUGAAGUCUUUUACCGAUUACUACCUCAUGAUUACGUUACUACCUCUACACGGCGUUAUCAAUAGUAGGACUGAUCUCGACUGGGACGUCCGAAUCUUUAUUGUAUUUGUCGCGAAACCAGCGAUUGUGAUAACCCAUGUGAGGGAGAUCAAAUAUCUGGUCCCAUUCUCGGCCAUCGCGACGAUCCUGAUUACAUUACAUCUUAACAUUACAUUUUUAGAGAACCUCUUUCUACUGACGUUCGGGAUCUAUUUCCAACAUUUAGUUCGUUGA